UUGAAGGGGACGGUUGCUGAGUGUGGGAGGGGGUAGAGGGUUGAGGCGCUCUCCUCGGGUUUGCCCCCUGCCAACGGCCCCGCCGGGCCGAUCCCCCCCUCGCUGGGCUGUCGCCUGAGAGGCCGGAGCCGGGGGUGUUGGAACGCGGUCGGCCUGACCCGUACCUCGUCCUGGCGGCGGGGGGUGAAGCGUGUCGGCACCGCUCCGGCGGCUGCGGCUGGUGCCGGAGCGCGGCCCGGGUAGCCGAUGGGCUGUGGGGCUCCGCGUUUGCGCGGGAUCACGUUUUUGUGAACUGGCGGUGUUGAAGAAACUGAAUGAAUGGAACGGUUAGGGCAGAUAGGAAGCUUGCAUUUCAUGCUCUCCGCUUGCCACAAGACACAAACAACACACAGUCUCUGAAGUGACUUGGAAUCAUUGGAGCUGUGUGUCUUGGGGGAUCUGAGGACCUCUGAAGCAAGGGCGUCAUGAUGGAUAACCGUUUUGCUACAGCACUAGUAAUUGCCUGUGUUCUCAGCCUCAUCUCCACCAUCUAUAUGGCAGCUUCCAUUGGCACUGACUUUUGGUACGAAUACCACACCCUGUCCCCAGCUGAGAAUAUUAGUGAAGCUGGUAGGAUCAUCUGGGAGGAAUUUGUCAGUGAAGAAGCAGAUGAGAAGACCUAUACAGAUGCGCUCUUCCGGUGCAACGGCACGGUUGGAUUGUGGCGGAGGUGUAUCACUGUACCCAAAAACUCUCACUGGUACAGCCCACCAGAAACUGACUUGACUACAAACUGCAUCAGUUUUUCCCUCUCUGAUCAGUUUAUGGAAAAGUACAUAGAGCCUGGAAAUCACAAUAGUGGCACGGAUUUGAAUCGGACUUAUCUCUGGCGACUGCAGUUCCUGCUGCCCUUUGUCAGCCUUGGUCUCAUGUGCUUUGGGGCUCUGAUUGGGCUCUGUGCUUGUGCCUGUCGCAGCCUUUACCCAGCCAUUGGUACCGGAGUCCUCCAUUUCCUAGCAGGGCUUUGUACUCUGGGCCUGGUUGGCUGCUACGUUGCUGGGAUUGAGCUGCUGCAUAAGAAGCUGCCCCUGCCUGAUGAUGUGAAGGGUGAAUUCGGCUGGUCCUUCUGCCUUGCCUGUGUCUCAGCACCUUUGCAGUUUAUGGCAGCUGCUCUUUUCAUCUGGGCGGCUCGCACCAACAGAAAGGAAUUCACUCUCUUGAAAGCGUAUCGUGUAGCAUAAGUGCUGCUAGGGAAGUAUGGGAUUUCUAUGUUAUAGCCUCUUCUCCCCUAGCCCAUACUACUUUUUUCUUUUAGUCAGAAUUUUACCUUGUACUGCAUGCUUCUUGCCAGUUGAGACAAUUUAGCCUGCAGGCCCUGAAGACAAAGACCUCUGGGCUAAAUGACCAAACUCUGCCAGAAGUCUGCAUAAAUUGAACAAGUUUUUAAAUUGUUGUUUUGUUUUUUUAAUACUAUUAUUAUAAUUUUUUAAGCUACAUUUUGUUGUUGAAUAUCCCCUUAGUUAGAUGUACAUGCCUAAUUUUAUUACCCUAUUAGCCUGGAGGAAAUAGGAAUGGUUUUGUGGGGUAGAAGAGAGAUAGGAAAGAGGCAAGAGUGGGAACCUCUGUGCACAAAUAAUAAAGAAUCAUGAGCUGUCUGCUGCCCGAGCAGGCAAUACCUACAGAGGGCACUUCGGAAACAUUGGGAAGCUCAGAAACCUCUGUUGUGGAAAUAAAUGUAGCUAAAUCAGUCCUAUAGCUUCAUUUUGGGUCUCUUACCCUCACUAGUUUGCUGUUUUUUCUGGCUUCUGCCGAAACUGAUGCAGGCAGAGCAACCAGCUGUGGGAGGCGCCUGUAGAGCACAGCAUCCCCAAAGCAAACUCGGUGCUUCCAUUUGCCAAGGAGCGGGAUGAGUUGGCCCAUUUGGAGCUUUGUGCUGCUCUAGCUACACUGCUUCCAGCACCCAGGCUGCUUUGGUAUCUGCACUACGUGUGGUUGUGCACUCUAAAUCUUAACUUGUGGUGCUUUGGCUUGCUGUGAAAUAAGGCUUUCCCCUCUCUUGUGUUGAAAACAACUACUCCUCACAAAUCUUUGGUUUAGUGUAUGUGUGUAUAUGUACAUAUAUAAACUUAACUUUUUUUUUUAAAGCUCACCUAUUUAUCCUACAUAGCACCCAACAGGGGUUUUUUUGAAAGGUGCUGCUCUUUUCCCAUCCUGCCCCAAACCUAUUGUUUAAAUGAAAUAAUUAUAAUAAUAAUAAAAAGCUCAGAAAUUUU